GGGGCGACCUGUCCGGCUGGUGCUGGAUGCCUCGGUCCUCCUAGAGCCCUCCUCCGCCAGCGUGGGAGGGGGCGGCGGUACCGGGGAUGCAGCGGCGGCGGCGGUGCUGCUGCGGCGGCUGCGCUACUCCAAUCUGGACGUGAUUGCCCGAGGAAGCUUAGCAUUUGGCUAAAGGCGCAACCUUUUCCGUGUUUUUUUGUUAGUGAUGUCCUAUACUCGAAUGCUUCCUAUAAUCUAUCUGUUUCCCUUUGAAAUUAGGAUGCUAUUUAGGGGCUCAACAUCUUGUGGUUGAUGGGAUUGCUAUUCACUGUGUUCAAGUUUAGCCCAACCAUUCAAAUGCUUGCUGUGAGUGGAUCAGUAGACUUUAAAAGAGUUCAUAAAUCGAGCAAACGAUGGCUGACUACACAUGACUAGUUUUACAGCUAAACGUGAUACUUCGAACACUGCUCCUUGAGAUAUUUAUGUACUGAGCCCACACUGCUUGCACAUUAUAACUUAAUUUCGGUCUCCUGUAUCUUUGUAAUAUUAUUUCAGUACAUUAUCAACAUGUUAAAUGGAUAGACAGCUGAUUGCAUCAUAUUGCAUUUUUUUAGGCAAUUUGCUACCCGGAGGGCAUGCUGAUUAAUAAGUCAGGCUUUCUUGAAAAGAUUGCAAGCUCGCACUCCUUUGGAUAUAUACCACUUCCUGAAAAAAGCGGGAACUGUUCUCCAAAUGAAUUAAUGCUAGAAUGGAGCAAAACAAGUUCUUGUUUUUAUGUGACUUCAAGAGUUGACAAAGUUUUAAUUUCUGAACUUCGGAAUCAGAACUGGAGAGUUCUUUCUGUAGGUAAUGAAUGUAGCAUAAAGGAUGCUGGUGUUUUAAAUGUUGGAAGGCUUCAGGAGUUGCUUCUCGCUUUGGCUACUUUAAUAAAAAGGGAAAUAGGUGGCUCAUCUGUUUUGGUGGUUGGAUAUGUAAUGAAACAAUCCCGUGAGGAAGAUUUUGCAAGGAGGGGAGCAUUCCCCAUUCAUCCUAGUAAGGACGGUCUCAUCUUUGUUCCACUCUCAUUUGAACUUCCUUUAACUCCGCAACUGCAAGAAGUUGAUAUGGUCAUACACAAAGUAACAGAUGAGAUUGUCAAGAUUGAUCCAAACUACUCCACCAGUUUUCCAAAAGGGAUUUCAUUUUCUGCAGGAAUGUCUGAAAUUAUAAGGUUUGUAGAAGAGCACCCUGAUUUUUGCAUCAUUGAUCCAUUUAAAAAUAUUUACCCACUGCUUGAUCGUCUUCAAAUCCAACAAAUUCUAGUUCGAUUGCAAGAACUUGGCACUGAAGGAAAGCAGAAACUUCGAGCACCAUAUUCUUUGAAGGUUGACAACUUUCAUGAUGGUGAAUUGCAUAAGCAAGUAGCAGCAGCUAAUUUAUCCUUCCCACUCAUCGUGAAGCCACAAGUAGCUUGUGGAGUUGCUGAUGCCCACAAUAUGGCAUUAGUUUUUCAAAUUGAAGAAUUUAGCAACCUUAGUGUGCCUCUUACAGCUGUACUACAGGUAUAAGUACACCCUUUCUCCUUUUCAUGAAUUUCCUUCCUUCCUGGUUAUGGCUUUCGUUGUGCAGU